AUGGCAGAGAACCUCAACGACAAGGUCGCUGCCAGUGCCGUUGGAAGAUGGUUCAGACUAGACGGCUGCGGCCACCCACUCGAGCGAAAAGGCAGUCGUUUCACCACUGAGCUGCGAGCUGGUCUAGUCACCUUUACCGCCAUGGCCUACAUUCUGUCCGUGAAUGCUUCCAUCCUCAGCGACACUGGUGGAACAUGCCCCUGCACAAUCGACGACUGUGACUCAGACCCUGCUUUUGCCGUUUGCAAGAACGAACUCAGGCAAGACUACGUCGUGGCUACCGCUGCCAUGUCUUUCGUGUCCACCUUCCUCAUGUCCGUCUUGGCCAAUCUGCCCCUGGGUCUCGCACCCGGACUUGGUGUCAAUGCCUACCUGGCUUACUCCGUCGUCGGCUACAAUGGUUUCGGGGGUCUGACCACCUUUGGCGGUGCCUUUGCUGCCGUUUUCCUCGAAGGCUGGCUCUUCUUCUUCCUCUCCGUCUUUGGUCUCCGACAGAUGAUCGGUCGUCUGUUGCCUCGCUCUCUCGCUCUGGCCACCGGAGCAGGUAUCGGAGCCUUCCUCGCCUUCAUCGGUCUGGGCCCUAACGGUCUCGCAGUCAUUGGUGGAGACACCACAAACUUGAUCGGUCUCGGAGGAUGCCUUGCCGAGUACCAGGACCCAGACCUGCCCAACUACUGUCUCUCCCACGUCCUCCAGGACCCCCGCAUCUGGGCUGGUAUCUUCGGCGGCGGUGUCUUCACCGCUCUUCUGCUGAUGUACCGAGUCCGAGGAGCUCUCUUGUGGCCCAUUCUCCUCGUCUCGAUUGCAGCCUGGCCUCGUACUUCUGGCAUCACUCUCUUCCCUCACACCGAGGCCGGUGACCAAGCCUUUGACUUCUUCAAGAACGUCGCUACUUGGCACAGCUUCACUCAUCUGGGUCCUUCGAACAUCGAAUGGAGCUCUUACGGCUCUGGCAGGGUCUGGCUUGCUCUGAUCACUUUCCUCUACACGGAUGCCCUCGACACCACCGCUACCCUCUUCUCCAUGUCUCGCCAUGCUGGUCUCUUCGAUGACACCACGGCCGACUUUGAGGGCUCUUCUGUGGCUUUCCUUGUCGACGCCUUCUGCAUCGCCAUUGGUGCUCUCAUGAACCUGUCGCCUUGCACAGCUUUCAUCGAGUCAGCCUCUGGUAUCACCGAGGGUGGACGAACCGGUAUCACCGGUGUAACCAUUUCGUUCUUCUUCUUCCUCUCCCUCUUCUUUGCGCCCAUCUUCGCCUCUUUCCCCGACUAUGCUACUGGAGCAACCCUAUUCAUCGUCGGCUCCAUGAUGAUCCGCAACACCUCGAUGAUCAACUGGGGCUUUGUUGGUGACGCCAUCCCCGCCUUCCUUACCAUCAUCCUGAUGCCCCUCACCAACAGCAUCGCCUACGGUGUCAUUGCUGGAAUCAUCUCCUGGAUGAUCCUGCACAUUGUUCCUCAGCUCGUUACUCUCAUCACCUUUGGCAAGGUCCCCCUGCCCGAGGGCUGGGACACCGACAAGGAGCUCUACGAUGUCUGGCUGGGCGUCGAUGAGCGUGGAGUCAAGGGUGCCUUCAAGCUGGUACUGCCUCCUUGGAUGCAGAGGCUCAUCCGCGGCAAGAAGCGCUUCUGGGAGAUGGACUACGACGAGAUGAUGGCCUACAAGGCCGGAAGGGAGCUCACCAUUGCCAAGGCUCAAGCUAUUGAGGAGCAGAGGAGGCAGGAGAGGCAGGACUUGGCCUCGAGGAGGAAGGGAGCUUCUGCUGCUCGAUACAACUCGGAUGACUCGGACUCGUAUGCUGCUGGAGAGACCAAGAUGCCCCUCAAUGACGAUGUGGGACGCGUGCCCCACUUUGGUCAACAGGACCCUUCUUCCUCUGUCGGCAAGGGCCGUGCCAGCCUCGAUGAUCUUGAGGGCAGGAAUUAG